AUGGAUCCACAAGACAUUGCCUGUUUGGAUGAAUCUUUUAUACUUCAAUUCACAAAACAUGAAAUUAAUGCCAUAUGGUCAAAGCUCCCUGAGCGUAUGAGGAUGGAUUCAAAAUUUAUCAAUUAUACAAGAUGUACAGAGCAUUAUAGGACUAUGUAUGAUGAUGUUCUUGAGAACCCUUAUCCAUUAAAGAAGGACUGCUAUGAAUGUAACAAUGUUAAAUAA